GGGCUGUCGCAUAUCGACGCGGACUUCGAGCGAGCACCUGCACCUGCUAAUCAACAUCGAUAUUUAAAAUAUUUUGUUAAACAUACGUAUAUAAAAAUGUCUUUAGCUUUCGUUCAACCACCUCAGAAGAAAGGACCUCCACCAAAUCAAGCAUCUAUUCAAAAGAUGCUUGAUGAAAAUAAUCAAUUGAUACAGACAAUUGUAGACUAUCAGACAAAAGGGAAAGCAUCGGAAUGCAUGCAAUACCAGCAGAUGCUGCACCGGAAUCUGGUUUACCUGGCAACCUUAGCCGACUCAAACCAGAAUCUCAGUAAUCAACUCUUGCCAGCUCUUGGACAGUCAGGACAAGGCAACAUGGCUUCUCAGCAGCCCAAUCCACAGAUGAAUCAGAUGAGGCCUCCAGGAAAUAUCCCAAAUCAGAUUCCUCAAGGUGGAGCACAAGGAUCUGUCAAUCAGUACAUGGGCGGAGCCAGUAUGUCUCCUCCCAACAGUAUGUACUCCCAACAAGGCCCUGUGGGAGCCCCAGGACAAUCCGGUUCUGGGGGCUUCACACAGGGGCCAAUGCAGUCACCGAUGAACCAGCCUAAUAUGGUGCCCCCCGGAAAUUUCAGUCAAGGGCAACAGAAUUAUAAUAUGCAACAUGGCAACUAUGGAAAUCAGCAAGGUGGCCAACCAAUGAUGUCUCAACAACAGUCUGGUAUGACCCAACAACAGCCAAUGAUGUCACAAGGCCAGCAGCCAAUGAUGUCACAGAAUCAACAGCCAAUGAUGUCACAGAAUCAACAGCCAAUGAUGUCACAGAAUCAACAGAUGAUGUCUCAAAAUCAGCAACCCAUGAUGUCACAGAGCCAGCAACAGCCAAUGGGAUCUCAGAAUCAGCAGUCAAUGAUGUCACAGAAUCAACAGCCAAUGAUGUCACAGAAUCAGCAGCCAAUGAUGUCACAGAAUCAGCAGCCAAUAGGUGCACAGAAUCAACAGCAGUCAAUGAUGUCACAGAAUCAACAACAGCCAGUAAUGUCACAAAAUCAGCAGCAGCCAUUGGGCUCACAGGCUCAGCAGCCAAUGAUGCCCUCUCAAGGGAUGAUGUCUGGUGGAAACAGAAUGGCAAAUCAAGGAGGGCAGAUGAUGAAUCAGCAGAUGCCAAUGCAGGGAGGAUAUAAUCGUCAGCGUCCACAACAAGGGCAAUAUCAACAAAAUUACCAAGGUCAACAGCCAUAUAACAACCAGUCUCAGUAUCCACAAGGUCAAGGACAGCAAAAUUUUCCACAGGGUCAUGGUUACAAUCAAAAUAUGCAACCAAAUCAGUAUGGUCCUUAUCAGGGACAAAAUACACCUCAGAGAUACAGCCCAUACAGAGGCCCAGGAGGUCAAAUGAGUCAAGGUCAAAUGCCUAAUCAAAUGUCAGGCCAAGGACAAAUGCCAAACCAGACCCAAAUGGGAGGACCAGGACCUAUGCCUUCUCAGCAAACUACGAUGGGAAACCAAGGUCAGAUGCCAAAUCAAGGUGGUCAGAAUUCAAUGCCAGGUCAAGGGGGGAUGCCAAACCCAAGUCAGGGUGCAAUGCCAGCUCAAGGAGGACCUGGCCCAUCUCCAAUGGGUAACCCUGGUCAGCAGGGUGGACCAAUGCCAAAUCCAGGAAAUCAAAUGCAGGGUCAAGGACAGAUGAAUAACUAUGGAUACCAACAAAAUCAAUUUUAAUCUCACCCGAGCAUUUAAGAUCUUGUAGAAAAAAGAAAAUUGGUUGCAUAGGCCUGGAUUGAUUUUUUGUGGAGUUGCCUAUAUUAAGGAUAUGCAACCGUGAAAAAUGAGAGUUGUGGACAAAAUUUGAACAUGUAUGUAAUUUUUGCUCAGCGGUUAGAAUCAAAGAUCUCAUUUAUCUCACUCUGUUAUAAACUGAGAGUCUGUAAUUCAAAAAUAUCCAUAGUUACCUCAGAUAUACUUGCAUAUAGAAAAUUGCUUUUUGCAGAUACAUGUGACUGCAUUUUUGUAAGCUUAAACUUGCAUGCAUUUGUAUAUAUUUCAUUUACAAUACUUUGGUGCUAUGUAAACUAUUUACUUGUUAAAAAAUUGAAAGGGUCUUCUUUUCAUUUUUUUCUUACACAUACUUGGUACACAGCAAGAAAUCUUCUUUGAAUUUUUCAGAGAACUCAAAUUUUAUUUGAUUUUAUUUAUUCACUAAAAGGAUUUGUCAUUAGAAUGACAGACACUCUGAAAUAAAAAAGAAUUGCUUUCUUUUACUUAACUAAUGUCCUAUGACGGAGUAACUGUCAUUUAUUAAUGUUAGAAUGAUGUUCAGUCAAACCUUGUUAUCUCGAACUCGAUGGGACCUACAAAAAACUGAGAGAUAUUCCGGUUUUUGAGAUAUUGAGGUUAAAAUACAUAGAAAAAGUGAAGUGGGAGCUUCCAACUCACUUCAACAUAUCCAUGGUAUUCAAGAUAUCAGUGUUAGAGAUACCAAAGUUCAACUGUAGCUUAAGUUUUGUAAACAUAAUUAUCAUAAAGAUAUCUUGAGGUUUUGUGCAAAUUGCAUCAUUUUGUUCUUUUUAUACAUGUAAUCAGAGUUUGGUAGAGGUGCUCAGAAAACUGUAGCCAUGUUAUGGUGAAUCUCAUAGUAACUUGUAUCAGUAUAAUUCCUUGCAUCACAUUGAUGUGUUUUUAGAAGUAAUCGAAAACACGAUUCUUACAGAAUCCUUUUAUGAAUGCUUUGUAUGAGAUAGGAGAUUGUUAUAUUGUUGAAGUAUUUCUUUAUUCUGGAAAGUAAAAUAUUGUUUUAUCUGAAGUCAACUAUGUUAGUGCUGAGGUAGGACCAGAAAAAAGAUAUACACUUGUAGUAUUGUGUGAAUGAUCUGUUUAAAUAUUCUAGCCCUUAGAUUGAAUAGAUAGAAUUGAUUGUAUUAUGUUGUGUUCAUGGAAACUAUGUUACUAUUAUAUUUCGUUUAUUAUACAAGAUACUUAGAAUAUAAUAUCAUAGAAUUAUGUUUGCUAUUAGAAAAAAAAAAUAUAGUGACAUGUUGGUCAUUAUUUUAAAAAUACCAGUGGUUUAUGAAACUUCUGCAGGUUUUUUUUAUGGCUAAAAAGACAAAAGUUUCAUAAAAGUUUUUAACUCAAAGUUAAAAUUUAUAAAAAUUAUAUCAUUUAAUUUUAUGAAAUUUCAAAGAAAUGCAGUUAAGAAUAAUCCAUGUACUGUAAAAUCACUUUUGUGGGAUGAGAAAAAAAUGUUGGUUUAUGGGGGUUUUCUUUUUAAUAAGAAAUUUGAUUCUGUGCUCUGAAAUUUUAACAUUUUGCAGAGGAAAUGAAUUAUUACACUGAAAUUGGAUUUUACAUUGUACAAGAAAUUGAAAUGUACAGGGCAAUUUUAUGCCUUAAGUGAAUGAAGCUCUUUAUAUUAUUGGAGGAUGUAAUCUGAAAAAGACAAAAUUGUAUUUAUGUUGUGUUCAUAUUUUGUUUUUGUGUUUGUUUUUUUAAUUGUGUGGUGGUGGUAAAAGAUGUUUAAUUAAUAUCUAUGAAAUUGUAUUGGUUUUAUAGUGUCUUCAAAGGAUUUGUAUUGGAUUAUACACAAACAUAUAGAAAUUUGUUUUAAAAAAACAGCCUGGAAAAUGAGGUUUAUAUAAUCUAACAAAAUUUGGCAUCAAGAAUAGAAUCCAAACAAUUCCAUAGUUCUAAUUUUUAUUACUAUACUGAUAAGACAGAAUGUGUAUCCCAACAAACAAAAGGUUAGGUGGCUAAUAGGGGUUAUUGGGGGGGGGGGGGGGAUUUUAUCUCAAAUUUAUGUGCAAUUAUUGUGACAAAAUUGAGGCACAUUGUGACAUCAUGCAGGCAUGAUAGAAUUCAAAGUUCAGUUUGUUAAAAAUAAUACAUGUAUACAUCUAAACUACAAAUAAUGAAGGUUGUAAAAUCUUAUCUUGAUUGUAUCUACAUUGAUUGGACUUUGAAAUUUUUUUUUUUCCAUAUGGUCUUUCCUUGUUCUUUAAUUAAGAGAAACUGCAAUUCUGCACUUUGUUAAUUUUUUUUCCUGAAAGGUUCUUGUCAUUAUUAUUACAGUAUACAGAAAAUAAUAAGUCUAUUUUGUCUGAAUGCUUUUUGAUCUACAUAUCCAUCUAAAUUAGUGCCAUUCCUGUUGAGAUUAACUUGAAAUUGACACGUUUCAAGUUUGCCAAGACUGGUUACAAAAGGUGUGAAGUUGAAGUUGGGACUUCAUGUGUGAAAGGUGACUUCAUGAACAAACUGUGCUAGAAAAAUCUUUGUCAUUGUUUGAAGGUACAUGUAUUUUUAAAAUAUGUUACAACUGUGUUGUGUAAGGAACUUGUUCUUGUGUAAAUAAAGUUUGUAGAAGAGUA